UUUCUCGUUUCCCGGCGCCUGGUGGCUGCCCUUCGUGGCGUUUCCGCUUCUGGAGGCAGCGGCACAAAAAAGGUGCUUCGGGUGCCCGAAUAAGGCGCCCACGCUGCUGCAGUUGAGGACGAAAGAGGUCCUCCACCGGACGCGAGAUGAUGUGUGGACGCUGCUGGAGAAUGCUGAGGGGAACUGUCUGCAGGCUUCCAGUUCUGCAGGGAACGGGGAACAUCCCAGGAUGUCACCUUGCGAUCCCGAGAGCGACUCACAAAACUGGGUCUACGACGAUGACUCAGGGUUGAUCAAGCACGCCUCAGGCAAAUGUUUGGAUGCUUCCCAGAGAAAUGUGAACAAUGGAAUCAUUCAUCUCUGGGAUUGUGAUGCUAGCAACAAGAAUCAGAUGUGGCUCUGGACUGAGGAAAAGAAACAGGUGAAGAAUCGCUAUGGCCGCUGUAUGGAUGCACCAAACCCCAUGGCGGGCAGUGGCGUGCACAUGUGGACUUGCCACGAGAACUUGCAGAAUCAGCAGUGGCUCUUCGUCCCCUCCAGCAACUUCAUUGGAACCACGGCGACGACCACGUUGGAGGCACCCGGCUCCACCAGCAGCUCCACCAGCAGCUCCACUUCGACGUCCACCACCACGACGCCGAGGCCGCUGAGCGCGCUGCGGAACUGUCAGCUGGAGCCGUUGGUGGAGGGCUCCGGGUGCAGCCGCUUAGCGGUGCUCGAGCAUGAGAAGUUUGGUGUGGGUGAGAAUGGACAAGAGACACAGGGCCGGCACACGUGUUUGGAGAUGAUGAGGACCUAUGCUGAUGCAGACAGUUUUGUUCACUAUUUGGGUCGCUGUGAGAUCUGGCGAUGCGUCACCAAAGCGCGGCUGAAGAUGUCAGCGGGGCCCGGAGGAGCUGUGUCCUCUUCUCCCAAUGCCAUCGCGUUGAUCGGAAGCAAUGGGCGCUACCUCACGGCGGACCAGGCCGGUGGAAUGCACGCAACGGAAGAGUCCUUUGUACCCGAAGCCCUCUUCUACUUGAAGGAACGACCUGGAGGCUACACCCUGAAGUCUAAGGCGACGGAUCGCUUUCUGAAGGCGGAGCCUGGAGGACACGUCAGCGCGUUGACGGAGAAGUGGGAUGACUGGGAGAUCUUCCAAGUGGAACACCUGAGCGAACAGGGCAGCAUUGCUUUGAAGAGCUUUCAUCAGCGCUAUGUCACCAUGGGUCCAAGUGGCGUUUGGGCAGGCGCCACGUCUCAGACUUCCGAGGCAGUCUUCCGCCUCGAGAAUCGUUCCCGGGCCGCGUGGGAAGUUGCGAACGGCGCGCACCCGCUGCGGCUGCUGCAGACGCUCUCGGCUGCCCACAAUACCUGCAGUUGGCCCUCAGGCAGUGCGGCGGUGCGGUGCUGUGAGGGGACGGUACCAGUGAGUGAGGCAAGCUAUGGAUGUCACAACCGAAAGACCUUUGAAGAAGCGGUCAGCAUUUGCGAGGAGCAUGGCCUGACACUCUGCUCUGCAGAACAUGUUUUCAGCUGCCCGGAGUGCAAAAGCUGUGCGGAGGAUGGCGAGCACCAGCAGCUGUGGACCUCCUCAAACUGCUCCUCCACAGAGCAGUUGACGCAGCGGCGCCUGAAUCUGCGCAACGACCGCGCGGCCGUGUUCAGCGAGCUCUGCAGCUACGAGUCGGGGCUGGGUGGCUUGCACGGCGAGGAGCCGCGCGCCACGGUGCUGGUGAAACUCAUGGAAUGGAACUACAAUGACAUUGCCAAAGAAUGUACGGAAUAUUUGGCACCCAAUGACUUCGAGGCCGUGCAAGUGUCCCCUGUGACGGAGCACAUCAUCGGAUAUCAGUGGUGGGUGAAGUAUCAGCCCGUCUCAGCCGGUCUCGAUUCGCGCAGCGGCACCGAAGCGGAGUUCCGUCAGAUGGUGGCGACGUGUCGGGCGGCAGGAAUCCAAGUCGUCGUGGAUAUCCUCAUGAAUCACAUGGCCGGACCCUGCAAAAAGGCCCAGCAGAUGACGAAGAGAGGCAAAGCUGAAGGAGAGGAUGAGAUGCCGUGCACCGGCUGGGGCGGCAGCAAAUUUGGAGACCGCAAGCAGAAAGGUGCUCGAGGUUGGGAUGCGUCUCGACCAGAGCACUUUCAUCACAAAGCUGACAACGUCAUGGAGCCUUUCUGCAAAGUAGGCCCCCAGACGGGCUGGUUAUGUCCCAAUGAUGACUGCACGCCUUGUGACAUGUACAAAUUGCCGGACUACAACACGGAGCUCGAAGAAGUGCGGACGAUGCAGUUCAAACAUUUGGAGGAGUUGUUCCACAUCGGUGUCACCGGGCUGCGUGUUGAUGCUGCCAUCUAUCACCACGUCUACGAACUGGCAGAUAUGCUGAAUCGAGUCCCCUGGGAUUUGGUCUACCAAGAAUGGUGGGGCGAAUAUCCGCCGCAGGAUCGCACUGACUUUGUGGGCCUGUAUCGUGACGUGGCAUAUCGCUGGCAUGUGGUCAAUCGCCUCGCCGGGAAGAACGCUACAGAGCUACCGGAGCUGCUGAAUCUCACGGGGGGCGUCUUUGGCAUCAGCGAGGACAUGGCCGUGUACCCCUUCGCUUACCACGACGGGCGCAGCCGAAAAGCAAAUCCAGAGAUCGCGACCUACAAAAAUGGCCUGGCCUACCACCAGCAGCAGAAGUUCUUCCUGUCCUGGAUUGUAGGAAGCUCGGUCCUGGUCUGGGGCGGCUACGGCUGGCGCGACUUGAGCCACGGCCCCCCUGGCUGUGACAAGUCCGAUGGCAAUCAUUGCACGCCCAAAGCGGUCUACGAUGAGACUGGCGCGGCACAGUGUAUGCAGACGCCCACGGAGUCGCCGAUGCCCCGUGUCCAGGCCCGGCAACGGCGCUGGAUUUGCGAGCAUCGAUGGCAAGGUGUGGCUGGGAUGAUUCACUUUCGAAAGGCUUGUCGAGGCAAGGCGGUAACACAGACCUGGAGCAGUGGCUCCGUCCACCCGCUGCCGCUGGGCCGUCUGGCCUUCCAGCUGGGCGCCGACUGCUUCGUGGCGCUGGUGCGUGGCCGGCGGAAGGAUCAGGGCAGCGAGGUGGACGUCGUAGGUGUGGGUGGCACCUGGGAUCUCAUUGGCUUCGGGCCCAUUGCUCUGCCCGAAGGUAUCUACUGCGAUCUCUCUUCGCUGCCGACGCAGAAAUCCUGGAAGGAGACUGAUCCGUGCCCCAGGAGUGUCCAGGUGGAUGCCCAGGGCAUCAUCCAGGAGGGCCACGUCAUGGAGGGCGAUCUGUUGGCCAUUCACCGCGGCGCUCGCGCUUUGGCCAUCGCUGCGUGAGGCAGCUUCACGCUCUUUUUCCAGAUUUGGCGAACACUGCCGGGGGCCGUCCAACUUUGUCAGUGUGUCAGCCAUCAUUUUUCGGCGGCGGCCAGUGCCAUGCAUCACAAAGGGGUUCAUAGUGG